AUGACCGCAGUGAGUGAGAAAUUAAUGAAAAGACUGAUUCAGCUCGGUGCUACCAUGGCUAUUGGCGCGGGAGUGGUUUCUAAGGCUCUCUACAAUGUUGAUGGUGGGCAAAGAGCAGUGAUUUUCGAUCGGUUUACUGGAGUAAAGCAAAAUGUGAUUGGAGAAGGAACGCAUAUGUUAAUUCCAGGGAUUCAAAAACCAAUUAUUUUUGAUAUUAGAUCAACCCCACGAGUUGUAUCGACGAUUACGGGAAGUAAAGAUCUGCAAAAUGUGCAGAUAACAUUAAGGAUUUUACACCGACCUGAACCAAGUAAAUUACCUAAUAUAUAUUUGAACAUUGGACGUGACUAUGCAGAAAGAGUGCUACCUUCAAUUACGAAUGAAGUUUUGAAAGCUGUUGUUGCUCAGUUUGAUGCACAUGAAAUGAUUACCCAAAGAGAAAGUGUCAGUCAUAGAGUUUCACUGGAGCUGUCAGAAAGAGCUGAGCAGUUUGGCAUCUUAUUAGAUGAUAUUGCUAUUACUCAUUUGUCAUUCGGACGUGAGUUCACGGAAGCCGUGGAAAUGAAGCAAGUUGCUCAGCAGGAAGCUGAAAAAGCUCGUUAUCUUGUUGAAACAGCUGAACAGAUGAAGGUUGCAGCUAUAACAACUGCAGAAGGUGAUGCUCAGGCUGCCAAACUUUUAGCUCAGGCAUUCAGAGAAGCUGGGGAUGGCUUGAUCGAGUUAAGAAAAAUAGAAGCUGCUGAAGAAAUAGCUGAAAGGAUGGCUAAAUCUCGAAAUGUUGUGUAUUUGCCAAAUAAUCAGAAUACAUUAUUUAGUUUGCCUUCAGUAUAA